AUGCUGCCGGAAGGGGAGAUGUAUGAUGACAGCAAGGCAGCGCUCGAUGAGCGUCGCCGCGUGCCGAGGCCGCGUCUUGAAGAGCCAGCAACCGACAACAAUGGCAGGCGGAACUCGUCCGCAUCUGUGAGCGAUGACCCGCCGCACAUAGACACUCCCACCGGCAGACUGAGAGGUCCUGGUGAUGGUGAAAGCCGCCUGGACCAAGAUAGAGAUGAGGAUGACGACACCGUCGUGUGGCUGGCUGGCGCUGUGUGGAACCUGACAAGCAUCGAGGACAGCGAGAAGCGGUCCAAAGCCAUCAAGAUCCUACACACCAUCGUCAACAACCUGUUGCUCGGUACGCGAAGCAAGCACGGCAAGGUGUUAAGUACAUGUGUUCCGAUGUGUUUGUGUGUGUGUUUGGUUCAGAUUUCGACAAGUACUCAUCCUUGAAGGCCAGUACGACAGCCUUUCAGACGCACAUCGCCCCACAUGCCGACUGCCUUCAAGUGCUGCUGGUAGGACGGGUGCACAACGCACACGCCCAGCACAAGGAGAAGGACCAUAAUCUCCCGGGUUACUCGCCUUCUGUGUCAGUGUGUGGGGUUUGAGGAGAGUAGCGGCGUGUGGAGGGCGGGGAGCCCAGAGCGGCAUCUUCCCAACAUAUGGCUGGCCAAGAUGCUGCUAGAAGAUCUCAAGACAGAGCUCAGCAUCAUUCCGUCACGCAGCCCCUGCCGCAGCAAUACGCCCAACCCCGAGAGCAGCUCAGCAGAUGACUUCCUCGCCGCAUCGCGUCGUGUACAGCAGGACGGCGGCAAGCUGAGUCGAGAGCAGCUGGCGGAACUCCAUGCCAAAAGACUCGAAAAGGGCGGCGGUGGACGGGGGGUACCUGCUAGUGGUGAGGGAGCCACAGAGAUGGACGGACGGGCUUGUCUUGCUUGGGGUGUGGUAAUGGAUGUGUGUGUUGCGCUGCGUAUGCAGGGAUGAGAGCCAGGGAGCCUGUGCGCCUUGGUGGUCGGCAGAGCGGGGUGGGCCGCGGCCAGGUUGACCUGCAGGGGCAGCGAGAGGCCUACAUCGCUGCCUCGCGAGCCAAGUACAAGAGCCGAUGGCCAGCAAACGGAGGCGGCCCCAAGGUAACUUACCCCCCCACACAAACGCGCCAUCCUGCGUCAACAAGACGGCCAGUCUUGGUGGUUGUUUCAGAUCCGUGACGCCGACGGCAAGUGGAUCCCCUACGUGCCCGCCGCCCCUCGAACCGAGCGCGAUUCCUCCCUGCCCGCAGAGGAGCGCGCGAGGCCGCCCCCGGGAUCGCUGCGUGAGCUGGGAGAGCGUGACAAGCGCCUGGACAGCACGCCGCAGUGGGACAGGGACGGCACGGUUUAUCUUGGGUUCAAGGCCUUAGAAUACACCAACGACUUCAGGCGAAUGAACAGGCUCCCCCAGCUGGAGUGGUCCCAGGUGAGUCAAGGAGACAGAGGGGUGCAUGGGAGGGAAACAAACGCUGCUUCCUUUCUGUCUUCUGAUGAUUGAUGUGUGGUGGGUUUGCGUGGUUUGUGUGUGUAUGCAGGCGCUUUGUCGGAUCGCAGCUGAGCAUUCGCGGGCCAUGCUGUCAGGCAAUGUGCCCUUUGGCCAUCAGGGCUCUGACCGUCGGUUCUCGUCCUACCCCUUCCCAUCUGUCAGCGCCGCCGAGAAUGUGGCCUGGAACUCGGUCAGCAGUAACAGCUGUCAUGAGAUUCUCGUGUUGUCAUACAUCAUCUCGUGAAUGCGUCUGCCUGUCUGUCUGUGUGCAGGGCCACAGCGGCGAUGCGUCUGCCCGCGUGUGUGUCGAUAGCUGGAUUGGGUCUGACGGUACGCACUCACUCACCAGCAGAGAAGCGACAUCUCAAUUGUAUGGCUCGCUUGUGUGUGGUUUGCUGGGCUGAUGCAUUCAUUCAGGUCACCGCAAGAACAUGCUGGGCGAGUUCAAUGUGUGCGGCAUCGGCGUGGCGCGGGACGCUGGCGGCCGCACCUACUUCACACAGCUGUUUGGACACCGAAUGUCGGGCGUGUACCAAGAGCAGCCCACAGUGCGGAAUAGCUGA